UCUUAGACGUUUACUAUUACUUCGAUGUACCGAUAUGUAGUUAUCUCCCUUUAUUUACACACGACCUUACGCUUUGUAAUUUGAAUUCAUUAACUUGUUGAAGUAAGUCUGCACAAGCAACACAAGAUUUAAUAUGCAUAAAAGAGAUUUUGGAAGUUUUCAUUCUUCAAAUGUUCAAGAACUGAUAAGUAUAGCAAAUGAAAGAUAUCUACCUCCAGAACUGCCAUUUAAAUUAAGAUAUGAUUCUACAGCUGACAGUCACAGUAAAACAAUUCAGUUUGGGAGAGAAUUCAAAGACAGGUAUUUUUUAUUGGAGGAUACAUGUACGUUUCUCAACCACGGAGCUUUUGGAGCAGUUCUACGGCCAGCUUUAGAAGAUGCCCAGAAGUGGCAAGUGUAUACAGAAAAACAACCACUGCGAUUCUACGACCGAGAACUUCUACCUCAUCUUGUUUACGUAACAAGACGACUUGCCAACUUUGUUGACUGUGAUCCUUGUGAUAUUGUUCUGGUCAGCAAUGCAACGACAGGAAUUAAUGCUGUUUUAAAGAGCCUUAAGUUUAGCAGUGGAGAUGUUAUAUUUACUCUCAGUGUUACAUAUGGUGCAGUAAAAAAGUUGUUGAAACAAGUAUGCACAGAAACAGGUGCUGUUGUGAAAGAAGCUACUGUAACAUUUCCACUUUCCGGACCAGAUCAGUUAACAAAGCUUGUUAGAGAGGAGCUGGAACCAAAUGUGACCAAACUGGCUGUGUUUGACCACAUUCCAAGCAACACUCCAUUUAUUUUACCACUGAAAGAAAUCAUUGAUAUUUGUCAUGAGAAAAACAUACCUGUUCUUGUUGAUGGAGCUCAUGCAUUGGGAUCCAUUUCUUUGAGACUAAAGAAUCUAAAACCAGAUUUUUACGUUUCGAAUGCACACAAAUGGUUCUGUGGUCCAAAAGGGGCUGCAUUCCUGUAUGUAGACAAAACCUUUCAGUCAGUGAUCAGACCUGUAGUUAUUUCUCAUGGGUUUGGAUCUGGAUAUAAUUCAGAGUUUAUUUGGACAGGUCUACAUGAUUACAGCCCUUUCCUGGCACUGCAUACCGUGUUGGAUUUCUGGCAAAUGCUUGGUGUGGGUGUCAUUCAGGGCUACAUGCAUGACCUCUGCAGACAAGCUGGUGGCAUGCUGGCCAAGUCGUGGGGUACAGCUUUAGCAGCACCUCAAGAUAUGUUUGGAUCAAUGAGUCUGGUGAGGCUUCCUUCAAGCCUGUUUGAUAAUGAUGACUUGGUGAACUACAGCAAAGCAGAAGAGAUACAGAACAAGCUAUACCACAACUACAACAUAGAGGUUCCAAUCAAGUGCAUUGAGAACAAACUCUAUGUUCGAAUAUCCUGCCAUGUGUAUAACUCACUCGGUGAAUAUAAGAAAUUAGCUGAUGCUGUUUCAGAAAUGUGUACAUGAACACUACAAUAAUGUACGUGUGUGUGUGUGUGUGUGUGUGUGUGUAUAUAUAUAUAUACAUAUACAUGUGCUUAAUACAGAUGAACUAUAUGUACAU